AUGCGUGGUACACGCUCGGAGUUACCUCUUCAUCCAAUUGAUCAAAUGCCGAUUAUAAAAGCUGACUGUUUGCGCUACGCCAUUGCUUUCCGUGGACUUCUCUCGCCAGACACAAUUUUCAAUCUCGUCAAUAUUGUCCCAAACUUCCUCAUUGCCUCAUCAGUUGUGGUUCACAGCUAUGCCGCUGUAUUAUUUGAGAAAAUCCUAUUUAUGACUAUCCCCGACCAACCAUCUCUCACUCCUUUAGUCACUAAGGCGAAGAUCUCAACCCCAGAUCUUCUUAUUCAACGCUGCUUGGAGGCACUAUCUAGACCUACUUCUUGUGAAAAUGUCUACCUAAUGAGAGCUCUGCUUCGAAUCUGCUGCUGUCUGGAGGAGCGGUGUCUGCCUUGCAUGAACGAUCUUGUUAUUGUUCUAGCCACUCGCUUGACUCAAAUAAUUAAGAAUCCUUCCAAGCCUCAGUUCAAUCACUUCCUCUUCGAAUGUCUGUGCCUCUGUGUACGUCUAACCUGCUCUACCGACCCCGCUUUCAUUACUCAAUUCGAAAACACCUUAUUCAUGAUCUUCCAAGAGAUUCUUCAACAGGACAUUACCGAAUUUUUCCCAUACGUCUUCCAACUCCUUGCCGUUAUGCUGGAACAAUAUCCACUGGGUCCUAACGCACGGGAGCUUUUUGCACAGAAACGCAAAGUAGCCGGUUUAGAACCGCUGCCUCAGUAUCAACAGCUCUCCAAUCAGCCUAUGCUCAAUCCGGCAUAUGCCGCACUCCUACCGCGCCUUCUUGUUCCUGCUCUUUGGGAAACACAGGGCGCUGUUAUGUCUCUUGCUCGUCUGAUGCAAGCUUACCUUCUGCAUAACGUAGAGGCGGUAGUCAGCACAAACAAAGUUGAAGCAAUUCUUGGUGUCUACCAACGAUUACUAAACUCAAAGACUAAUGAUGUCUACGCAUUUAGCAUUAUUACUGCUUUCUUGUUGGCCUUCCCACGAGCCAACCUUCAACCCUUCCUUAAACAAAUCUUCAUUUGCAUAUUCCAACGUCUUCAAUCUGCAAAAACUGAAAAGUUCAUGCGAUGUUUGACCACCUUCCUUGCUCAAUUUGUUCUCAUUUUCGGUGCUAAUGAGCUAGUUCAAAUCGUCGAUGGCGUCCAAAACAGGAUAUUCUCCCGUGUCUUAGAGAAGGUUCUUAUUCCCCAUGCUGAAUUGGCUAUCUCUUCACCUGUUGCCCACAGUAAUGCUGGUGAUGGUCAGCAAGGCGCCAAUGGUGCCAGUGGAACCUACUCUUCUCUCUCCUCAACUUGUUUCUCUCGUCUUGCCAGAGAGGAUUAUUUGACAGUUGCAGCUGGUUUGAGCAUACUGGUAACUCAAGCGGAUGCUCUUUGCGCUCCAAUGGCCAAUGGAAUGACUACCUCCUACCAUGCUGAUGCAUUUGUUCCCUUCGUCCAGUCGAUUUUGGCCGGCCUCCUUGCAGGGCCUGCGCGCUGUGGAGCAAUCGCUGCAGAUGCUGCCGCUUUGUCUGCUACUGUGGAAAAUGCUAAUUCGGCUAGCUCUCCACCUAUCUUCACUGAUGAACGAUUUACUGAUGUGGCUGGAGAAUCUGCCUCAUUUGUCCUAAUUUUUGGACGAUGUAAGUUGCCAACCCUAUCUCCUGGUGUCUUCGAUCCACGAAUUUAUUUCGCCAAGUGUCUGGAGAAUCUAGCUCAACGCUUCCCGGGCACGAUUUCCCAGGAGUUGCAGACUGGGCUUUCCAACGAAGCAAAAGCAACCUUGGAGGCCUACUGUGCUCAAGGCAUGGUACGGUUGGAAUAG